AUUCUAUUUUCACGAAUAACUACAUGAUUAUGAAACUCAUUUGUAUGUAACCACCAGACUAUCUACGUAUACCUAACGGCAGAAACACUUGUUAAUCAAGUGUAGUGAGUGGUGAAUUUGAAAUAAAAUUCAACUACAAAAUAAAUACAAUUAAAUUAAAUUAAUUACUUAAAGUAAGAAGAAAAGUUCCUGAGCUUAGAAUUGUUUAACGAUAUCAAAUUGGUUGACAAUUAAAAGUAUGCAUAAUGGCUCGUCAUAUAAUGGCUGUUUGUGUGGUAUGUCUGUUAUGUGCAGAUCAUUUGCCGUGCCAACAACAUGUUGAAACACUAUUUCCUGCCCAAAACCUUAAUACGGAGUAUACACAAUUAAAUGCUGUUGUAUACAAUGCAAACGAUUUAUCCUCCUCCCAUGCAUCUAAAACACAAUCAUCAGAAACCACCGUUGCAUAUGCCACAUCGAGUAGUGAUAAUCGCAGACGCAGAAGAACAAAGCGACAUUCAGGUGAUCAUGGUCAUGAUCAUGAUGAGCACGAUUCACAUACAAGACCCGAAAUUACAGAAGCUUUCUUGAAAAGAAUUUUCAACGAAUUUGGUAGCGGAAAUGAUACAAUACAUGUCCAUGAUUUCCAACGAAUGUUAAACAAAUUAGGAUUACAUCAACUGCUACCGCAAAACUUACAUAAACAUGAUGACAACAUCAAUGAUAAUGAAACCUGCAUUGCUGAUUCAAAAUUGGUACAUUAUAUUAAGCCUCACAGUCCUCCAUUACAUGAUCAUCAUAAUAAUAAUAAUAAUCAUCAUAAUCACAGUAAUGAUCAUCACCAUCACCAUCAUCAUCAUCAUGAUGGAAGCGAAGAAAUCUCUACAAAUUGUACAAACGUAGCUGAAGGUUGUACUCAAGCGAAUACCUCAGAGCAUAUAAAUAAGGAUGAUAAUGAACAUCUUAAUUAUGCUCUCAAUCAGGAAGAUAUAGUAAAUGUGUGUCCGAUAUUAUUAUAUCAAUUAUCAUCGUCCAUAAAUCCCGCAAAUCCAGGUUGUAUAUCCAAAGAGCUAUUAUUGGAAAUAGAUGAACACGAACUAAAACAAUUUCAACAAAACAAUGAGGAUAUACUCUGGGUAUGGAUUUAUGCAUUUAGCGCUGUUUUAGCCUGCAGUAUUCUUGGUUUAGUUGGCGUAGCAAUUAUACCAUUUAUGAAUUCACGCUUCUAUAAACACAUUAUUCAAUUCUUGGUAUCAUUGGCUGUUGGUACUAUGACUGGUGAUGCUCUACUCCAUCUGUUGCCCCAUUCACUUGCUGGACAAAAUGAAAGUAAUAUGAUCUUUAAAGGUCUUACUUGUAUGGGUGGCAUUAUUUUCUUUUAUAUAACCGAACAUGGCUUGACCAUGAUAUCAGAGUGGCGUAAAAGUGUUGCCAAAAAAGAGGCCAACCAGCCGUCUAGAGCUAAAGUUAUGAGGGAUCCCGAUUCGUCUUUAAAUAAUUCUGUGGCUGGCGACAAGGUUUGCAAAUCGAAAUACAGUUCAUAUCCGUAUUGUUAUGAUGAUAUUGCAAUGGAUACCAAAAAUGAUGUAUGGCUACAUUUGCCUAACAAAACGUUGGAAAAUGUUGAAAAUAAUGGACGAAAUGGAAAAGUUGACACAGAAAGUGGAGAUAACGCCACACAAUCAUUACUCUCAACUUCGCAAAAUAAUUAUGCCCCAUUAGCCGAGAGAAAUCACAACCAACACAAUCACAAUCAUAAUGAUCAUCAACAGCAACAACAGACCCAACAGCAGCAACAACAACAUCAACAUCAACACGGUCAUUGUGAACCAAUGCCCGAAAAUAAUACAGUUGCUACCGAUUUAGAUGGAAAUAUUGUGGGUGAUGGUGCUAUCAAUACCGUAACUGGAGCCACGAAUGGCAAAGAUUUGGCAAACGAUAAUACCGUUACCGUUAUUCUGCGAGAACAUGAAUCUUCCCAUCAUGGCCACUCACACAAACAUGGUCACGUACAUUCACCACCGGAAUCAUUAAGUGCUGUUGUUUGGAUGAUUAUUAUGGGUGAUGGUUUGCAUAAUUUCACCGAUGGCAUGGCAAUAGGUGCUGCCUUUGCUGAAAAUAUGGCCGGUGGAUUUUCCACAGCCUUAGCCGUAUUUUGUCAUGAAUUGCCACAUGAAUUGGGAGAUUUUGCAAUACUCAUGAAGGCUGGCAUGUCUGUAAAAUCGGCCGUGUACUAUAAUCUCUUGACUGGUGUAUUAAGUUUUAUAGGCAUGAUAUUUGGUAUUGUUUUCGGACAGUCACAUGAAACUGCCCAAUGGAUGUUUGCAGCAGCAGCUGGACUUUUUAUCUACAUAGCCAUGGUAGACAUGAUGCCCGAAAUAUCAGCAGCUCAUAAGUCUUUACAACAGUUUGCUUUACAAAUUCUGGGAAUGGCAAGUGGCGUUUUACUUAUGCUUUUGAUAGCAAUUUAUGAAGAUGAUUUAAGAAAUGUGUUUUCUACCGCCUAAAAUUAAUCAGCUAUUAAACCGAACAAACAAUGGAUUCCUAAAAAAAAUAAGAAAAAUGAAAAUAGUUGUUAAAAACAAACUCUGUAUUCUUUUACUUGAAACAAGAAGAAACUACCACACGACUACUAACUACCACUUUCAAUAUAACUACCAUUAGGAACAGAACAUAAACAAACCAUUUAUUAGUCAUAUUAGUAAUACGAGUAUAUAUUUAAAAACAAGAAAAAUGAAAAAUGAAAAAAGAAAAAUCAUUUGUAUUUAUACCAAGUAUAUUAAGCUCAAAUGUUAAUUAUUCACAAUCGCCAAUCAAACACGUACAUACACACACACACACAUAAAUAUUUAUUUUUGUUGCCUAAAAACCACGAAUAUAUUUUUCUCAUUAAUUACACAGUCAAUCAAUUAAACAAAAGAAAAAAGAAAACAAUUAAAAUCUUUUAAAAUUCUAAAUACGAUAUUUUAAUUUAAUUUAAAACUUCUGUCUAUCUAAUAUUAUAGUUUUUUUUUUACAACAGUAUAAUUAUUUUGCUGUUCUCCAGUUUUUAAAGGAGAAUUAUUUAUAUAUUUAAGGCAACGAUACAUAUUUCAGACACAUUUUCAGUUUUACAAUUCAGCAUACUAUCUUGUUGACGCUUAAAAGAACCAACAAUAAAUCAUUUUACUUAAACAUUUUCUACACACUAAUUCAAUUCACUAAUUUAAUAAGCCACUACCCUACAAACUGAGAAAAGAAGUCUUUGAAUAUUUGAAAUUUGAAACUAUUUUAAAAGUGUGUUCUAAUUCAACAUUUGUUUAUUUACUUUAUUUUUGCUACUAAUUAUUUAGUAUACAUACGUUUUUUAUAAUUAAUAUAUUAAUCUACAUAUAUAUUUUUUUAACUUCUAGUUCUUGUUAAUUUUGUUUUCCUUAUAAUGCGUUUACUUAAAAUUAGUCUUAAGUUAUUUUAAAUGAGAUAAUUUGAAAAGAAAAAGAAUAAUUAGUAUUAGAUAAAGUUUUUCAAUUGUGAAAAUAUUUUUUGUCUUCUUUAUAUUAGCAAUCACUUAGUGAUUUAAUUAUGAUAUUUUUUUAUAUGGAAAUACAUGCAAUUCGAGUUAAAACUA